ACUCGAAAAUACAAAAGUUCGCUCUUUUCAGCUCUGAAAUCGUCGAUUGCGGUGUCUCUGGCCAACAAGUUCACCUCUGAAAGAGCGCUGUCACCGUUUGCUUGUGCGGUGGCUCUCUCAUCAAGUUCCCAUUUUGAUGCAUACCCACCAUACAAAAUGGAAGCAAUUUCAUUUAAUUUGAUGAUUCUGUUGUAAAUUUUUGAGAUUAAAAAUUCGGUAACUUUGGAGGUUUAUGUCUGGGGUUUUAGGAAAUUGCUGGAACCACCUUGUGUUAAUUCUAUUGAAUGGUUUUGGGUGGAUGAGAGGCCAUUGGGCUAAGCGAGGACAACAAGAAGCCCAAGAAUUCGCUUCAAGUUCAUUAGGGGGACAAAAAUUCAAAUUGAUUUUAUUAUAAUUAAAUUUGAUUUGUUGAUAGAACUUAGAAGUUUCAGCCGAUAAUAUAUUCCCUUGACCUAACCGCUUUUCAUUUCCAUGGUGACCAAGUCAGCUCGAAAAGAAACUGAAAAGGCGAAGAAGAAAGAAGGAACGAACUGAACCUCUGAAACUGUAGUGAUCCACAAUGGUGAAGACCUUCAAGUACAUUAUCCUUGGUGGAGGUGUUGCUGCUGGUUAUGCUGCAAGGGAAUUUGCCAAACAGGGACUUAAGCCUGGGGAGCUGGCAAUCAUAUCCAAAGAAGCGGUAGCACCUUAUGAACGUACUGUACUAAGCAAGUCUUACCUUCAUCCUGAGUUCCCUAGUAGACUCCCUACUUUCUAUGUUUACGCUGGACCUAGAAGAGAAAUAUUGUUUCCUGAGUGGUACAGUGAGAAAGGUAUAGAGUUGAUUCUUAGCACAGAAAUAGUGAAAGCAGACCUUGCUGCAAAAUCUCUGACAAGUGCGGGAGGAGAAACAUUCAGUUAUCAGAUUUUGUUGAUUGCGACUGGCUCAACUGUUAUAAGGUUGAGUGAUUUGGGUGUUCAAGGAGCUGAUGCCAAAAACAUAUUUUACUUUAGGGAAAUUGAUGAUGCUGAUAAACUAUAUGAAGCAAUUAAAGCAAAGAAGAACGGCAAAGCUGUUGUUGUUGGAGGUGAACACAUUGGUAUGGAGCUUAGUGCAAUGUUGAGAUGCAACAAUCUUGAUGUUACCAUGGUCUACCCAGAGCCUUGGUGUAUGUCAAGACUUUUUACAUCUGACAUAGCUGCUUUCAAUGAGGGGUAUUAUGCAAAAAAGGGGGUCAAUAUUAUGAAAAGAACAGUUGUUGUUGGAUUCACUGCCAAUUCUGAUGGAGAGGUGAAAGAAGUCAAACUAAAGGAUGGCAGGGUCCUAGAAGCUGAUAUCGUUGUUGUUGGUGAUGGAAUAAGGCCACAAACAGCCUUAUUCAAGGGACAGGUUGAAGAAGAGAAGGGUGGAAUCAAGACAGAUGGCUUCUUCAAGACCAGUGUUCCUAAUGUAUACGCUGUUGGUGAUGUUGCUACUUUCCCCGUGAAAUUAUACAAUGAGUUGAGAAGAGUUGAAUAUGCCGAGCAUGCUUGCCAAUCAGCUAGAAAAGCUGUGGAGGCCAUCAAAGCUGCCGAAGAAGGAAAAACAGUUGAGGAGUAUGAUUACCUUCCAGUACUCUAUUCCCACCAAUUUGGACAUGCUUGGGAAUUCUACGGGGACAACGUAGGUGACACCGUACUAUUUGGAGACAGCAGCCCCGAGUCAUCUAUUCCUAAGUUUGGGUCAUACUGGAUUAAAGAUGGGAAAGUUGUUGGCGCCUUUUGGCAGGGAAGAAUCGAAGAGGAGCGCGAUGCUAUGGCAUAUGUAGCAAGGGUCCGACCUUCAGUCCAGAAUGUGGAUGAACUUGCAAGGGAAGGUUUUUCAUUUGCUAGAAAAAUAGAGAACUUUGGUUUGGAAUGAUACAACUCAAGGGUGAUUGCAUGGAAUAAAUUUCUGUACUGACUUCAUUAUACUUUGGGUUUAUGCGGUUGUGUCAUAGAGGAACUUUUGUAUGUUUUAUUUGAUUUCUUAUGAGAUUGCAAUGGAUAUCCCUU